AUGUUGUUCUUCAAAUAUGCUCGAUCAAGAAUUCAAGAAAUGAUUUAUGGCUUGAUUAUCGAACUUGAUUAUCGAUUAUUUAUCCAACACAAUUUCAUGAGAAGUAUGUUUUUGGUGAAUUUGAAUGUGAGUUCAAAAAUUUACCAGUUUUUUUUCCGUUUGAAUAUCAUUUUUCAAUUUUCAGGCGUGAUUUUUCAAAUGAAUCGAAUUGAUGCGUGAAAAUUAUCAAAGCUGGUGGAGCCUAUUAGGAUUUUGAUCGAAAAAUCUGCGAACCAAAAUUGCUGGGAAGCUUUUAUUGUUUGUAAAAAAAGCAAAAUGUGGAUUUUGUACCAGCCCGGAUUAUUCUCAACCAUUUGGUGGCUUAACAAAAUUCGAGAGAUUCUACGAAGAAAUCAGAAAAAUCACCGAUGCUGUUGAAAAUUUGAUGAUUUUGGAGCAUGUCAGCAAUUUUUUCGAUGAGAUUGGAAGGAUUUUUGAGGCGAAAAUCUACAGUGAGUUUUAUUUUAUUGAUUUUUUCUCAUCAAAAUUAAUUUUUUCUUGAAGAAUAUUCUGCGUUUGUCAAAGGAAAAUCAACGAUUUUCGCUGUUUGGUUCGAUUUUCGAUGACUGACUUGAUUUCCAGCACAAUGUUUCGAUUUUGGAACCACAAGAGAAACGAGAAAUUGAGCCACUUGUUAUGUUAUGUGUUGGAAUUGAUUUGUGGAUUGCUGGAAUUGUGGCGACUAAGUUGGUGAGGGUUUUGGGGCGAAGAUUCGGGGUAUUUUGAGCUAAAAAUCGUGAUUUUUGAGCAAUUUCGAGUAAUCCUUUGCUCAUGUUAACUAAAAAUUGCUCAUUUUAAGUAAAAAUUGCUGAUUUUGAGUAUCCAUUGCUCAUGUUAAGUAAGAAUUGUUCGUUUUGAGUGAUCCAUUGCUCAUGUUAAGUCAAAAUUUCUCAAUUUUCACUACCAAUCCUGAAUAUUGAGCCAAAACAAGAUUUUGAACGCCUUUUCAGUUUAAUAUGAGCAAUCCUAUGAUUUUUUUUCUUCAAAAAUGACUUUUUUGAUUAUAAUAUGAGCAAUCCUAUGAAAUUGUUGCACUUUUGAAGCUAAUCUGAGCAAUCCAAUGAAAUUUUUGGAUUUUUAAAGCUAAUCUGAGCAAUUAUAUGAUUUUUUGAACAAAAAAUGACCUUUUUGACUGUAGAAAAUUGCUAGCUGUGCGUUUGAAAUUUGAAAAAAAAAAUUGAUUUUCGCGGGAAUUCAACGAGAAAACACUCUUAUUGAAAUUUUGUUUGAUUUUCAGGUGAUUUGCAAUAUGUAGCUGGUGCUGUUUUUGUUUUGUAUGGUUCUGAUAUUCGAAUAUCUCGAAGUUUCGAAUGUUUUGGUGCGAAAAAUUCGAAUUCCAUCAAUGUAAAUCGUGAAAUUAGUUGGAAAUGUUUUGAUGAUGGUGAAUCCUGUUAGGAUUUUAAUCGAAAAGUUUGCGAUACAAAAUUGCUCGGAAGCUUUUAUUGAUUUUGAAAGGUUAGUUGAUUUUUUUGCUUGAAAAUCAAUUAAUUUUCCUUUUUUCAGUUGGAUUUUGUACCAGCCCGGAAUGUUUUUGCAAUAAUUCUCAACCAUUUGGUGGCUUAACAAAAUUUGGAGAAGAUUUUGAUUCGAUGUUUUUGAAAAUUUGAUGAUUUUGGAGCAUGUCAGCAAUUUUAUCGAUAAGAUUGGAAGAUUUUUAGCCGGAAAAUCUACAGUGAGUUUUAUUUUAUUGAUUUUUUUCAUCAAAAUAAUUGUUUUCUUGAAGUUAUUCUGCAUUUGUCGAAGGAAAAGCAACGAUUUUUGCUGUUUGGUUCGAUUUUCGAUGACUGACUUGAAUUCCAGCACGCUAUAUCGAUGGAUUUCAGAAAAGGUUAGUUGAUUUUCUGCGUGCUUCAGAAUCAAUAAUUUUCUAUUUUUUGCAGAUUCCUUUUUGGCACCAGAAGAAAAACGAGAAAUGGAGCCACUUGUUGAUGUAUGGUAUUGAUUUUUCGAUUUCUGGAAUUGUGGCAAGAGCGACUAGGUUGGUAGGGUUUUGGGUGGGAAGAUUCGGGCAGUUUUGAGCCAAAAAUCGUGAUUUUUGAGCAAUUUCAGUCAAAUAUGCUCAACUUGACUGUCCAUUGCUCAUGUUAAGUCGAAAUUGCUCAUUUUAACUAAAAAUUUCUCAAUAUGAGUAUCCAUUGCUCAUGUUAAUUCAAAAUUGCCCAAUUUUCACUACCAAUCCUGAAUAUUGAGCAAGAUUUUGAACGCUUUUUCAAGUUAAUCUGAGCAAUCCUAUGAACUUUUUGGAUUUUUGAAGCUAAUUUGAGCAAUUCUAUGACUUUUUUGAACAAAAAAUGAUCUUUUCGACUGUAGAAAAUUGCUAUUUAGCUGUACAUUUGAAAUUUGAAUAAAAUCGAUUUUUCGGGAGAAUUCGACGGGAAAACACUCUCAUUGAAAUUUUUUUGAUUUUCAGGCGUGAAUUUUCGAAUCGAAGAAAAUUGAUGCGCGAAAAUUAUCGAAGCUGGUGAAGCCUAUUGGGAUUUUAAUCGAAAAGUUUGCGAAACGAAAUUGAUCGGAAGCUUUUAUUGUUUGUAAAAAAGGUAAGUUGAAUUUUGUUGCUCGAAAAUCAAUAAAUUUCUGUUUUUUUCAGUCUCAGUAUCGUGAAAAUGCUUGACGUGACAAAAUUUGGACAUUGUACCAACCCGGAAUGUUUUUUUGGUGGCACACCUAAAUUGGAGAGAUUCUACGAGCAAAUCAAAAAAAUCAACGAUUCUGUUGAAAAUUUGAUGAUUUUGGAGCAUGUCAGCAAUUUUUAUCGAUAAGAUUGGAAGGAUUUUUAGCCGGAAAAUCUACAGUGAGUUUUAUUUUAUUGAUUUUUUGGAUCAAAAUUAAUUUUUCCUUUGAAAUUUUUGGAUUUUCGAAGCUAAUCUGAGCAAUCCUAUGAGAAAAAAAUUUGCAGAAGAAUCCGGAUGCGCGGAAAGCUGAAAAGUGCCAGGCAAAUCUCAAAAAAUCACGAGAAAUCACGGAUAUUUUGGAGAAUUUUGCCAAAACAAAUCAAAAUCGAUUACCCGACAAAAUGGUGAUUUUAAGGUUAGAUUUUGAUGCUGAAAAUUUCUCAGACUCAUUUUCAAAUUUUUUUCAGACUCGGAAAUGUUGAAAUGAGGUGGCGAUUUUUAUGCGAAAUCGAGAAAAUUCGGAAAAAGAGCCCGAAUAAACGUAUAUUGUUGUGCAAAUGA